UUUCAUUUGAUGACACGGGCUGAAAAAGGAGCGUAGCCAUGGUAGCUGUGGACUUGGAAUUGGAUAAAAAAUAAGCUUGAAACUGCUACAGCAACCCAUCAAGAUGGCGAUGGAGAAGCAAGCUGUCAUUAAGGACACGCAUCAUCGUUCCGUUACGGCCGUUGGUUACCAUCCGAUGAGGCGGGAAAUCCUGGCAGGAUUCGAAGAUGGAGUUAUUAAAACAUGGGAAGCUGAGGGGUCAAAGUUGGUUCUGACGACUUAUGAACAUCAAGGCUGGGUGACAGAUUUUCUUUAUUGGCAUGAUGGAAAGGUGAUGUUCUCCUCAUCCAACGACGGAUUGAUCAUCGCUUGGUCGUCUGGAGGUGGCGUCUUUGACAGAAUCAAGAUUGGUUCUCCUGUUUACUGCAUGGCAUUGAACACACGAAGGCACCAGCUUGUGUGCGGCUUGAAUGGAAGCAUCAAAGUCUACAGCCUGGAUGACAAGAGAGAAAAGAGCAGCAUUAUUCAACUUGAAGAUCCAUUUAUCUCGAGAGAGCAUACAGACAUUGUUAAGUGUAUCGUAUGUCUGGAGUCUCGUGUCUUCUCAGCAGGGUUUGACUGCAAGUUGAUUAUCUAUGACUCGUCAUCCUACCCUGGAAACAAAGGACUAAAUCCAGUCUUCUGUAAUCCUAAAGCCCAUGAUGCUGGAAUAUCCUGCCUGGCUCUGGUCAAAGAUACAGAGAAUAACACAUUGCUCGUCACCGGAUCAUUUGACAAGGUCGUUAAGAUCUGGUCUCAGGACGGCAAACUAACCCAUCGCCUGGACGGUUUUGUGUCAACGAUAACAGACUUAUGCUACUCACCAAAGAAUAAGACGCUAUGGGUUGCCAGUGGAUUGCCAACGGCUACCUUGUACGAUCCCAAGUCCGGUGAAAACGUGACAGAUUUCAUCGGGACAUUUCAGGAGGAAGAAGAAAACGAGAAAUAUCAUCUGCACAUCUUGAAAUAUAUUCCAGAAAUCAACGAAGUCAUCGCAAGUACAAGUCGUAGACAUUUGAUGAUGUGGAAGUACAAUCCUUCUGGUUGCAUCACGGCGCUGAAAUGCAAGCAUGCUGUGGAGUGUCUGACAUACACUCGCAAGGUUCCAAUUCUGAUUUUUGAUGGUGGGAGUGACGGCCAAGCUAAUAAAUGGGAAAGACUCCAGUCUAACCACUUCAUGUACAGCAAAGAAACGUUUCUGUUGGCUGAGGCUAAGAACAAGUUAGCUCAAGUAAUGAACUUGAAGAAGGAACCGUGCCAGCCCAUUCAAAUCAGCUCAGUGGUUCGUAACGUCAGCACGCAAGUCGGCAGCCAUUACACCCUUAACAAACCAGAUAAUAAGCCUACAGACCACCAGAAACAUUAUCAGCCAGCUCUUCUUAAAGCAACUUUUGCUGAGGAUCUUGAUCUACUCUUGCUCGGAUCGGAAGAUGGCAACAUUUAUGUUUGGGGGUUUGAUGAUGCUGCAGUCAACGCUCUACAGAAUAUGAAACCAAUGGGAAUGCCAGAGCUUGUUAAGAAGUACGCUGUGCUACUCAACGAUGACUCAGAGCUACUGGCUGAUAGUGGACUCCAUCAGACAGGCAUGAUGGACAAUCAAGCUCAGGACUCUGUGACCAAUCGAGUGGCAGGUUUCAUCUGUAAGAAUGUUCUGAUUGGCCACAGUAGCUGUGUGACAUGCUUGACCCUGAUUGGAGGAGAGAGCGGCUAUGACACCACGUAUUUAUUGAGCUCCGGAUGGGACAGAAGAAUUUGCAUAUGGAAUUUGGAAACUGGAAAGCUUUGUGAUACAUUUCGGAACACAUCGCCGGAUUCUUUUGAAGUCCAGGAGUUGGCGUGUGAUGGUAUUGUCAUUGACAUGGACUACAGUAGUCAAAGAAAUGAGUUUGCCUACGCGUCUAGCGACAAGAUGGUUUACAUCCGUAGCUUUGAUCCGGAUGGUAGCAAGAUGCGUCUCACCAAUACCUUACAAGGUCAUGAUGGUGAGAUCACUCAGGUCAAAUGGUCCAGGACAAGACGAAAUUGGAUCACUGCCUCUGAAGAUGGAACAAUUCGUGUUUGGAGUGGUGAUGGCAUGACAUGUUUGCAAGUCCUGGCCGCCCAUGGAUCGGUUACAGCGCUCUGCAUUGAUGCAUAUAAUAGCUGCAUAGUGGCUGGUGUCCAAAACACAAUCAAAGUUUAUGAUCCUGACACCUACAAGCUGGUACAAACUAACGUUGGACACUCAGACUCCAUUCGUUGUAUCAUUCAUCUACCAGAGAGAAAUCAGUACGUGUCGGGCUCGUGGGACGGAAGUCUGCGCGUCUGGAACGCCUUCAAGCCGGUGGCUCGCAAGAAGCGCCUCAAGAUGGAAGAAAAACGAGAGAGUAUCGCUGGAUUCAGCGCUAAUAAUCCAAACUACCUCAUCGAAGAUGAAGACCUGGCAUGAACCCACUUCCCACCUCCCUCCCCUCCAGCCCUCAAAAUAGAGAAAAUCUGUAAGAAAAAUGUCAUCCGCCCUUUAGAAACUAGAGAGUAUCGCUGGAUUCAGUGCUAACAAUCCAAACUACCUCACCGAAGAUGAAGACAUGGCAUAAACCCAACUCCCCCGUUUUUUCCUUCUGUCACCCCUCCAUCACUCAAAAUAGAAAAAAUCUGUAAAGAAAAAUGUCAUCCACUUUUUGAAACAAGAAAGCGUUGCUGGAUUCAGCGCUAAUAAUCCAAACUACCUCAUCGACGAUGAAGACCUGGCUUGAACCUAACUCACCCCUCUCCCCUUAUCCCAUCCUCACCCCUCAAAAUAGAGAAAAUCUGUUAUGAAACUAUCAUGAGCCCAUUAGAUAGAAUGGUAUGCUUGCUGAUAUGUGGAUUAAAGGCACUGGACACUGUUGUUAAUUACUGAAAAUAAUUGUUAGCAUAAAAACUUUCUUGGUAACGAGCA